GUUGGAGGAAAGGAAUUCAAACGAUGACAUGGAAGGCAAACGAUUACUCGUGUUUACAUGUCUUGUUUCGUGUUUAUAUGCAAGUAAUGUGUACGAUAUAGAAAAUAUCCAUGUCGAAAACGAAGAUGGAACUACUCAAGUAUUCGAAGUUAAACGCUUAGAGCCCGUAAAUGGCGAAUCAUGUGUCAUUUGUUCUCAGAAUAUCGUCAACUCAUCCCCUCGACUUGCACCUAUCCGUUCCAAUGUUUUCAUUGCAGUGGGGGAGGUGACAACAGAUUGUGAGGAGAACUCAGCCAAGCUCCCCAUUGGUCUGUGCUCUGAUGCCAGGGACCGGGGUCAGUGCUCCAGGGAUGCCGUUUCCUGUGAACACUCACUUGAGGAUCUUGCCGAAGACCUUGCAGCCAGUGAGAAGGUGCCUAUGCAAACAAAAAAUUAUGAUAUAGAUUCUAAACUAGCUCUUGGAUUUGUUUCCAUAAAUAUGGGAAAUCUUGAUGAUGCGAUGCAAAUUUUCAACAAUAUCCUCAUGCAUCAUCCAGAUGUUGUUGGUGCACAUUAUGGUAGAGGCAUUGUAUAUCAACGAAUGGGAAUUCAGGAAAUUGCAAAUGCUGCCAAGAGUGUUCGUGAAUUCACUGAAGCCAUUAUGAAAGAUAAUAACUACCAUGAAAUUUAUGAAAGAAGAGCAGAGUCAUACAUAGCUCUUCAGCAUUUUAAUGACGCUCUGAAAGAUCUUAAUGUGGCAGCUAAGUCAAGCCCAUCCAAGCGUUUAUUUUUCAUCCGAGGCAUUGUUCAUCUUUUACUGGAGAACUUUGUUGAGGCAGAAGAAGAUUUCAGGAAGAACUUGGACCCAGAAAAUUCUUUAUAUGUGGGCUCCUACUUUCAUCUUGGAUUAGCUCUCUAUUAUCAAGGAAAAGUCAGGAAUGCUAUUGAAGUAUUUAAAGAUGUUUUGAAGUUAAAGCCAGAUCAUGUAGAAGCAUCUACUAGUUUGGGCCAAGCUUUCAGAGAGAUAGGAAAUUUUAAGCCAGCUUGGAGGAGAUUUAACCAAUCUGCGCACAUGAACCCCAAUCAUGCUCAGACUUGGCAGCUAUGGGGUAGUAUGUCUUAUGCUUAUGGGGAACACAGAGUGGCCAAACACAACUUUGACAAAUGCCUAGAGAUUAAUCCGUCCAAUAUAAAUUGCCAGUAUAUGAAAUCCCUCACAUGCAUUGCAAUGGGAAGGUAUUAUCAAGGACUCAAGUCAUCCAUGAAGGUGAUGAUAAACAAUACUCCUGCCAUAAAGGCCACCCCAGAGUUUAUCAAAGCUCAUUACCUUCGAGAAUAUGCAAGAUUCCUACAUUCAAAUCUUGACACACCAUUAACAAAUUUAAACAUAGAUAGUUUUCAUCCAGAAUUUAAGGAUAGAUGGACUAAACAACUACCUUUUCAGUUUAAGAAUACGUACAAAGAACAGCCUGGGCUUCAGCCCGAAAUUAAUGAUGUUUCUUAUGUGUCAAUUGUGGAGUUUGGUCGAGAACUUCAGGGACUGGUAUGCAAGGCUCACAGAGUGGGCCUGUCCAUGCAAGUAGCAGCAGAUGGUUAUCUGCCAAGCAGAAGACAUAAUUUUGCCAUGGGAUUAGCUUCAAUGCAUAUUGCUCAACUUUUAGAUAAAAGAUGGCGAGAAAUACGGUUGAAUAAACAAUUAGAUAGGUCCCUAGAUUGGAGGGAAGUUUUCAAUAUUGCUGUACAGUAUCGAAGAUUGGUUGAUCCAGAGCAGCCAAUUUUCUGGUUAGACAAGAUGCCAGAUCAUGACACAGUGGAUGGAUAUCACACAGAGAUUAAUUUUAUCAAGGGAGAUGUACAAAAUAUUAAAGUUAUGCAGUAUUUUGAUUUGGUGUUUAAGUUAGCAAAAACCAUGCUGGAGCAUUAUGCUGGGGAUGGGGCAGUUUUUUAUCAUGACCUACAACAAGACAUUGAAAGGGCUAAAACUUGUGAAGAUUUACUUAUGAUAGCAAGAAAGCGAAACAUAAAUGAAAAUGGUUUUAUGGUUUCCACACAAGUGCCAAGUUCAAAGAAUGAGGAAAGAUUAGAUGGAUCCAUGGUUGUUUUGUCCCGAGAUACGAAUGACAAGAUGACUUUUGCCAUUAAUGUUGUUAACACCAAGGCUCGUACUCAGCUCUAUCAUGCUGAAAUAGACGCAGUGUUUAAUCAGAUUCAGGAGGAAAUAAAAAGGAUAGGGAUAGGCAAGGCACUGAAUACAGACUCGGUGAUGGAUAAAAUUUUAACCAUGAUGUACUACAUUUACAACUUGAUGCCACUGACAAGAGGGAAUAGUGCUGUGAUAUACUCAGUAGCUGUGGGUGUUAUAAUGUCAGUCAAUAAGUUUGUUUUUGGAAAAAUUCCAAAUGGGAAGCUUUUAGAGAUGGAAGCUAUAUUGUCUGGCGCUCCAGAUGCCUUCAUUUUAGUGACAAAAAAUUGGAUGAAUGUUAAAGGGGCAGAAGUCCCCAUUACCAUCCACCCUAAAAUAUGGGAUGUUUUACCAACAGUUAGAAAUAUUGUAGAAGUUUUAAAUGUGAACACAGAUUUGUGUGUAAUGCCUGCAAGUCCCUGAUCUCAAAUAUUGACACAUCGAAGUCCUAAUCUACAAACUUGCUAUGCAAAUGUCAUGAUCCUUGACCAGUAUUCUGAAUGAAUGUUGUUAGGUGUUGUUGUUUUUUUUACCACAUUUUGUACUUGAUACAUAUUGAUGAAAAGGAAUAUUAUUGAUACAAUUUAUUUGACAACAUUAUACAUCUAAACUGGAUUUCAGACAAGCAGCCUUAUUUCAUGUUUAUUGGAAGUACCUGUUUGACUUACCCUCUUUUAUUUGACUUUUAUUUUCAAACAGCAAUGUUUGCUGGCCUUUUGCUGUUUGUUAUUGGGUGGGUUUUUUUGCAAGCAGUUUUAGUAAACUGAUUAUAUUUUUGUAAGUUUUGAUGCAUUACUAUACUAUGUCAUUUCAUGUGAUAAAUUAAGUUUUAGAUAAAAACGUGUCCAAAAUCAAUAUUUCUAUGAGCUACAGGCAAUUUUUAUAUGUUAAAAUAUCUUACAUCUAACACAUGUGUUUUAUUUUCAAACAAAUCGGUACAUGUUUACAUAAACUUUAUCCCAUAGGCUCAGGAAUGUUACUGGUCAUUGUCAGAAACCCAUAUUUGGUCCCGCUCCUAUUGCCUCCCUUAACCUUCCAUGGAAGGUCAAGAGAUGCAAGACCAACCAUGGGUUUCUUACAAUGGCUACUGUUAAACUAUGGAUGAACCACUAUAUGUACUCUGACUGGGAUUUAGGGGAGGGGCAUUGUUGUUUUGACUUGAAUGAUUUAUCUGGGUGAAUCUGGUCAAGUGACCUAUGCAGAUUGUUAAACAUAUCCAUUACUUCUUACUUUUGUAUGUUUGAAUAUAAAUAAAAAUCACAAGGCAGUGAAA